CUGACGAGACAGAGAUCAGGCGAGAAAAUGAAAACCAGUGUAGCUGUGAUGAGGAGCCUGGCCACCGUAGCAAUCAUCGCUUUUACCAUCUGGACCGUAGCAGAUGCUGAGAAAGUCAGUCCCUGCUGUGUCUCUGUCUCGAGGUCCAGGGUGGUGGAACCCCUGAAAGCUUUCAGGUUACAGGAGAGUAGCCCUCCAUGCAUCAAAGCUGUCAUCCUCGAGACAGAAAAGGGACAUUUCUGCAUCGAUCCAAGACAGGCUUGGGUGCGGAAGAAGAUUGAAGAGUUUAGAAGACAGCAGAACACGACAGAGUCUCCAACCUCUGUGUCACCUCGCCUGACUUUCUCAGCACCACAGAGCUCAACUGAGAGCAGUUAAUAUCUCAGAAGAAGGACGAGCCAAAUCAUUACUGCCCUACAUCUGCACUCCAACCAGCAAUGCAGUGGUUCCUGAAUUAUACAUAUGAUAUGUAUGUUUAAAAUGGUUAACAAGGCAUUUUUUAAAUGCUAAGCUAAAUUGUAUUAAUUUAUCAUAUUUAUGGGCAGGUUUUCUUUUGAAGCAGAUUGUAUUUAUUUGAAUUUGUUGUGGAAUUUAUUUGAAGAUGUUAUUAUUUAUAAUUGAAAAGUCAAUGAAAUUAUUUUCCCUGUAUUUUUAACCACGACACUGUAAAAUUGCCAUUAAAUGGACAAUAAAUGUAUCAAAUUUGAAUUGGCAUUA